UCGUGAAGUUUGAUCGAUAUCGCAACAGUUUGUUACUUUAACGGACGUUUUACUAGCGGACUGGAAACUUCGAAUCGAGGAUCGACGUGGUUACGAUCGACACUAUGGAUUGGUUCAGGAGCGCGUCUAUACGCGGACAGCAACGUCGUUGUUUGGCCCUCUGUCUGCUGAUCGUUUGCCUACUUUCUACCACGACACAGGCCUACUCCGCGGACGCCAACGAUACGAAGGAUCCUUUCAGCGGAUUUGCGACCGACUGCUCGACAACGGACUCUAAAAACGCAUCUGUAUCCUGCUACGGAGUCAGGAUAGUCAGGAAGAUCAUGCAACAGCUAUUAGAGAAGUCUAGCAAGGAGCCUAAUAUCGAGAUCUUUGAUGGCGUCAGUUUGGUCGAGGUACCAGGAACUGGCCCCAUUCGUAAAGGAAGGUUCAUGAAAGGAUUUGGAAAUAUGGGAACCCUGAUGCAGUUUCUGGAGGGAAGAGAACUCAGAAUUAAGCUGCCAAGCUUCUUGCCGCAAAAUAUCGAGAGUGCUCUCCAAGAGAGUCUACCGGCUGAUCAAGCCAGAGCAGGUGGUGGUGGCGGUUUUGGAGGCGGCGGAUUCGGAGGCGGCGGUGGUGGAGGUGGCGGCGGAAAGAAGGGCGGCAAUGGCGGAAUAAUGCUACUGGCGCUGAUGAUGGGCAAGAUGAUGGCGGCGCUAGGAUUCGGUGCUCUCGGUUUGCUAGCCAUGAAGGCGUUGAUGGUGUCGGCAUUGGCGCUCAUGCUCUCGUUGAUUGUCGCCGUGAAGAAGUUGGCUAGCAGCCACGAUAGCGGCGGUGGACAUCACGUAGUCUACGCGCAGGACGUCGGCCACCAUCACUACCGGAAGAAACGGUCCCUCAGCGAGGAGGACCACGAUCUUCCGUAUAGAGGCUACGCGCACCUGUUCGGUGAUUCGCGGGUGUCCUGA